GAGCAGGAUGUGUGGCCGGUGCCUGAGAAGCUCCGUGCGGAGCGGGUGGGCAACCGAGCGGCCGAGCUUUGGUGGGAGGAGUGCGACAGCGCGUCCAGCCGGCAGCGCCCUCCACGCCUGGCACGAACGCUCCUGCGCCUUGCAGCGCGGCCCACGGCACAGUGGCUGUUCUGCAGUCUCUGUU